AUGCAGAAGAGCAGCAACAAUUUGGGAUUGCAUCAAGCUUGUGCAGCAUGCAAGCAUCAAAGGAAGAAGUGUCGUGAAAACUGCGUAUUAGCGCCAUUCUUUCCUGCAGAACAAAGCCAGAAUUUUCAAGCAGUUCAUAGGGUUUUUGGUGUAAGUAAUGUGCAGAAAAUAGUAAGGAGUCUUGCGAGCUAUGAUCAACGCGUAAAGGCGGUGGAAUCGCUUAUCUGGGAAGCGAAUUGGAGACAAAAGGAUCCAAUUCUUGGAUGCUAUGGAGAGUAUAAGAAAGUUAUGGAUGAACUGAGAUGUCUGAAGGCUCAACUACAGAUAUCUAUACAAGUUCCUGAUCAUACAAUGAUGUAUAAACAACCACCUAGUUCUGGUUUUGUUGGAUGGAACAGUAAUGUUAAUGGAAUUGGACAGAUAGGGAUGGGUCAUGUGGGAAUGAAUAAUAGUACUAAUGGAUUUAAUUUCAUAAGGAGUUCUAAUGGAAACAUGAUUUUGGAUUCGACCCAGUAUAGUUAUGUUUCACAAGUACAAGGAGAAGAUAAAUUUAGUCAAGGAAGAGAUCCUUUCACCAUUGUUUGCCCUCCACAAUCCAUCAAUGGAAUUAAUGAACAGUACUAUGUUGCAGAUCAAAUGGUGAAUGUAAAGUCUAUGGAUGAUGAUGCAGUCUGGGAUCGAGGAUCUUAG